AUGUCCAAAGCAACCAAACGGAAAUAUGUUACCAAAGAAAUCGAAGAUUUGAGUAUUCCUACAGAAUUACAAUCAAUAGUUCAAAUUGUAAAGUCAUGCGGUAAUAAUCUUCAUGAAGUUAUUAAUCCAGCUGGAAUUCAAUAUCUCGUAUCUAUGCCAGUAAAAUUUAGGAAAAAUAUUUGGAUAAAACGAGGAGAUUUUGUAUUAGUAGAACCAAUUCCAGAAGGAGACAAAGUGAAAGCUGAAAUUGUUAAGAUAUUAACACGAGAACAUAAAAAAUGGUAUCGAGUACAGAACUGUUGGCCCCAAGAAUUUGACGAAAUUUCAAAUUCGAAGCAAAGAACAAUUAAGGAAGAUAGUGAUAACGAAGAAGAUGAUCUUUUUAUAAAUAAAAAUAGAUUAUUACAAAAUAAGAUAGAUAAUACCAGUAAUACAAGUUCUGAAGAAUCUGAUUCUUGUUAA